AGYMAGUUUCCCCUGUCGGCCACCGUAGCACACGUGGGUGAUCAAAACAACAUGGCGGCUGGAUUCAAGACUGCGGAGCCUUUGGAGUAUCACAGGAGCUUCCUGAAAGAAAACUGUAGACCUGAUGGACGGGAGCUGUCUGAAUUCAGAACCACGACACUGAAUAUUGGGUCCAUAUCCACAGCAGAUGGCUCAGCCCUGGUGAAGAUGGGAAACACAACAAUCAUCUGUGGAGUCAAAGCGGAGCUGGCUAACCCUACUGUUGAUGCACCUGGUAAAGGUUACAUUGUGCCCAACGUGGACCUGCCACCUCUGUGUUCAUCCCGCUUCCGGCCGGGUCCACCUGGAGAACAGGCCCAGGCUGCCAGCCAGUUCAUUGCAGAUGUUAUAGAAAGCUCUGAGGUGMUCAAGACAGAAGACUUGUGCGUCGACAGAGGAAAGCUCUGCUGGGUCCUCUACUGUGACAUCAUGUGUCUGGACUACGACGGGAACAUUCUGGAUGCUUCUGUCAUCGCUCUGUUGGCUGCCCUGAGAAACACUCGACUCCCAGAGGUCAGCAUCAACACAGAGACGUGUACGCCAGAGGUGAAUUUUGAAAAGAGACGCAGACUUCGUAUUCAUAAACAUCCAGUCGGCACCUCUUUUUGUGUCUUUGACGAUUCUGUACUUAUUGUCGACCCGACAGCCGAGGAGGAGAGUCUAUCAACUGCACGGCUCACUGUGGUGACGGAUGAGGACGAUCGACUCUGCUCGCUACACAAACCAGGUGGAUCGUCUCUGUCAGGAGAGAAGCURCAGGAGUGCAUCAACCUAGCAACAACACGACAGAGAGAGAUCCAGAAGCUCAUCGAGAAAGUCACACACAGCUUGAAAACAGAAAAAUAACAACACACAGACAAAAGCUUUUAUCUAAAAGUUGUAUUUUCCACUGUCAAUAUAUAUUCUUUUUUUAAACAAUAAAACUGCUGACAAAGACGGCUUUAAAAAAGUAUUUUUUUCAGUGUCCAGAAAUGUCUCACACUCGGCUGAAGUCAUGUAAGAAUAUGCUCAUGGGUCCUGGACUUAUUAAAAGGUAACACCUUUCCAAAAUAUGCUGUACAAAAGCAAACUGUCUUGCAUGUUGAUUUCCAGUCCUUGUGUGAGCCCUGUGUGCCCGAACUGCUAACAGGAGAGGCUUCCAACGGACUGAGAGGUAGAGAGCUGCCCCCAGGCGAUACUCCAGGUUUGCAUUUUCACACGGAGGAUUUGGUGUCGGUAAGCCCAGCUAGGAUCUGUGCUUAAAGGGCAGUUUCUACCGGAGUCGACACGGCAGCCUCAUGUAAAAUGCUCUGAGAAUCGUGACCCUCUCGAUCCACGGGGCCACCGCAGAGACGAAAAGUCAUCCUAAAAGUAGAAAUGUGUUGCCGUGGAAGCUCGUUACCUACAAGACCCGUCGUCGUCUCGAUCAUCUCAAAAAAUAUCACUAAGAUUCUGUGAGCUUAGUGCUCCCUGUUGUAAAAACCUGAUCCUCCACAGUGGACAUCGUUUUGGUUUUCCAAAACCUCUGAGAACCAAUACAUACAAAUUCAUCAGCUAGAAAAAAAAA